AAUUUGUCGUUAAAUAAAUUUGAAAUGCCACAGUUGGCCCUUUUAAAGACAGGAACACAAUUGCAAAGUGGAUUCUAAAAACACAACCAAGUGUCAGGACUCAAACUUAAUAUUUUUCGAGUAUGCAACAGUGAGGUACGCAGGCCAUAGGAAUGUCAAACUGCGAGAAACAUGGCGGACGUGAAACGUUUACUGAUAUUUGGGGUGUAGUUUGCAAUCGUCAUUUUGCGUACCCAAGAGACAGUCGAGUCAGCGUGUUUACCGGGUACAGUGCGAGAUGUGAUUAGACCGUUUAGGAAUUAAAGGCAUAGUUUGCGAGUAGAGCUGAGUGAUCUGAGGAAAUUCUAGUCAGAAUCUAAUCCGCCAAGAUGGAUUGGGACUCGAUCACCGUAGCGAAUUUACAGCUGACCGAGACGGAACACCGGUAUUAUGGCGAUAUAUUCAUUUAUUGCUGUGACAAUUGUGAAAGCGAGAGUGUUCCUGUCGUCAAAGCAGCUGAAUUGCUUCGCUCGGCCAAUCUACCCCGCGACGUCACCAUGAAGAUUUUGGAUAUAUGCGUCAGUGCCAAGGGACAAACUCAUUUGAGCAGAAAACAAUUUUAUGCUGCUCUCAAGCUAGUGGCAGCUCAUCAGUCUGGAUUGGAAAUAUUUAGGGAUGCUGUGACGACUUCCCUCGAUGUUAUAGCUCUACCUAGAUUCAAUUGGCCAUCUUCGGGAGACGAGGAAGGUGGCAGAAGUUCAGAUUCCACAAGAGGCUCCAAAGGUAGAUCAGGAGGUCGAGUGCCAGAGAGUACAACGGAGAGUGAAAGUGAGGCUGAAUCUCCAAGAGAGGCUGGUGGAAGUACAGAUUCCCCUACACCUACUAAUAGUGUUACUCAAGAGAGAAACGAUGGCACCAUGGGCGGAGAAACUAUAUUAGACUCUGUGACUAGCGAAUGGCAAGGUCUUCUAGUGUCAGAGGAACAGCGACAACUUCUAGGAACCGAAGAAGAGAGCUCUGAGCGUCACAGUAGCGAUGAGGCUGAUGGGGAUGGCGAUGGAUCAGGAUUUCCACCAGAGGAAGUAUGGACAAUUAGUGAGGAGCAACUGGAUUAUUAUACAACUCAGUUUAACUUGUUACAAUCUGGACCUGAAGGUCUUUUGGCAGGAACAGUAGCUCGAACAUUUUUCGAAAAGUCUCGACUUCCUGUAGCAGAAUUAAGACGCAUUUGGCAACUAGCAGACGUUACUCGGGACGGAGCACUAAGUCUCGCAGAAUUCUACGUAGCGAUGCAUCUGGUUGUUCUGAGAAGAAACCACGUACCGUUACCAGACGUUCUGCCACCAUCGCUGGCUGUACUCCUAGCAAUGCAAAAGACGACAACCCCACCGAGUGUUCAGCCAGCACCUCCAGUAACUCAGAGCAGCCCUCCGAGUACCGUAAAUACCAGAGACAAGAGUAAAGAGUGGACAAAAUUCGUGGAUUCGCCAACCGGAACCAGCGGUACCUUAACGAGUCCUGGACCAAAGCCAGUAAACUUUGACUUCCAAAAGGCAGCUGUAGAGAGAGAUCCUAAGAUUCUACAUCCGGUACCAUUACGACUGACACCGGAGGCAGCGAUUCUAGCAUCGGGCGCCAAUGGGAAUAACAGUAACGGAUCGACCUUAGGAGACGAGGAAAGUCAGUAUCCUUCGAUCAAUAUGGUUCAGAGACCUUUGGCAAAAAAACCACUGCCACCUCCCGAGGAAUCAAUAAUAGUGACGCCGAAAAAGGAACCUCCGCCGCCACCGCCCCCGAGACCUUACAGAACGCACGCCAGGAGUUCUAGUCUUGAUCUAAACAAAUUAGGUAAAAAUGGUCAAAGUUUCCUGGGCGCACCACCUCUGGUACCACCAAGAGUAUCACCGGGAAUCACUUCACCGCGGAAGCUCGUGGGUCAGAGAAGCGAGGGCGAAGGUCAGAAGGCACCCGGUGACAGUCAGGGUUUCGUUGCCGAUUUCUCGCAUUUCUCGCCAAAAGGUGACGCGCCUGAGAAUCCACCAGUGGAAAGCAGUAACGUUCAGCAAUCUCAGCAAUUUGCUGGAAUCUGCGGAGCUUUCCAUAUCUACAGAAAGCCCAGUCCAAAACGCGAUGGCAACGACGACGACGCCGGGAAGGACGACCCCGAAGAUCCCAGGAGGUUGAACUUGCAGGAACUGAGAGAAAGAAAUGCAGAACUACGACUUGUUUGCGAGGAACUGACACGUGAACUUGCAUCGGCGCUUCAAGAGCGGAUCAACCUGCGUGCGAAAUUGUUGCUGUUGACCUGAUCGAUCCUUUUCGUUUCUCUUCAUUCGUCUCUUCGUUUCCUCCUCUUCUUCUCAUCCUCCAUACAAUACAAUUCCUCUAGGAAUCUAUACUUUCACUGGUUUCUCUCCCGAGUCUCAUCUUUCCACACAAUCGUCGUAUCGUCCUAGACUACUUUCCUCAGAUCAAUUUAUUUUUUCCCCAUCCAGUAUUCCUGGUGAUCAGUUUAAUUUUGACUUAGCUUUCAUCAUUUCCUAGUUUCAAAAGUUAUCUAGAACAUUAAUCGACCAUGUGAAAAGUUUAACGUACUUUCUUUUACUUGAAUGGGGCAAUGGAAUAUCCUACAUCCUAUCUCUGUCUUGUGAAAUUAGCAUCAUUAACUAAUUUUCCUAAUUUUCUGUACAUUGCCAUGUCUUAUACUUUUAUUCACUGAAUCUUAACGAAUAUAUCUGCCCGUUGAUAUUAUAUUUAUGCAUGUCGUGGUAACGCGUCGGUCACUCGGUGACCAGAGCCUUACGGAUCAUUGUGAAAUGACUAAGCAAAAAGAUGCAAAAAUAUAUAUACAGGAUUAUCUUGCUGCGAGCGCAACAAGAAUGCAAUAAACGUUUAAAUUCUUUGAAAAAUAUCGAAGCGUUCUCCCAGAUCUUUAAGGCGUAUGGCAACUGUCAAGUUUGACUGGUGCGCUUGAGUCGGAUAGUUUUGUAUCGUAUAAUUACAUAUACAUAUAUUAUAUAUAGACAGUGUUAAAGAAUAUGAAGCCGUGUUGUGAAAGAGAGAAGCAACUGUUUGAUGUCUCGUGUCGUGGAGGAAAAAAUCAAUGCCGACGUCAUUAUCGGAAGAACGUUCCUUGUUACGUAAAAGUAUUUUUCAUCUUCGUCCCCUUUAGUAUUUUUUGUUUUUCACUGCUCUCGCAAAAAUACCCAAUAAUUUUACGCGGAGACUGUGAUGCUAAUUUGCGAUCGAAAAUUAAUUUAAAGAAAUGUACGAUCUUGUCAAUUUCUGGUACUGGAUCUCAUUGCAAUAUCAAUUGCACCUGGCACGGGUCCCGACAUUCUGUAUUAUAGUAGACUCGUAAUUCGCCUGUAGUUUGCGUACGAUUUUCUUUUAGACGAAUUGAUUGACAUUUUUCUGUGCCAUUGCCAUACAAAGAACGAUAUUUUGUUAUCAUUAUUAUUAACGGUUGCCAAUUUCUCUCGACGUGAGAAUCUUCGCUGUUCAUACCAGGGAAAUUCCGUCAGGCAAUGAGAAACUGUAGCUACAAGUCAACGAUUAGAGAAUUAAGAAGCAUUUUUGUAAUUGUAUAAAUACGGUGUAUAAUGUAUAUAAAGUUACUUCCCGAAUCGA